AUGAACGAAACGGUGGCAGCUAUAACCACUGUCCGCCAAAUAAUCAGCAGCAACGAACCGUUUGAAUCGGACUUGGAACUCAGAAUUUCAGCUUCCCAGCAUCCGACUAGUUCUUACCGCUCUCCCAUAGCCCCCCACAACUGUCUUGUCACACCGAACAGUGAAGAAAUACGAGUAACGAACAAGCACCGGUUCGUUGGACAUCGCGUUCGUGGGUCCGCAACUAACGAACACACUCCAGUUGGAAAGCAGCAGGGGCGCAAAGAGACUACUGAACGCAGGCACGCUAAGUCUCGUAGUAGACGCUCCUCGGCAAGGAAACGAUCCGUCUCCGGCUUUUCAUCCCAUCCAUCCCGAGCGAAUCGAACCGACUUCCAAAGUGGAAGAAAACGUCUGUAUUGUAGUUCGCCAAAUAGGUCUUCAGAUCAACCAAGUACUGUUUCUUCUUCCGCCAUCGAACCUUCGACUCUUACACUGGCUAGCGCUCCUGUAUCUAACUGUGGAGAAAUACUCUCAGUCGACCUGGGUGCUACAGCAAGCAAGAGAAGACGACGCGAUCGUCAGCGGUCUGCAGUUUGUCCGAAUCCAACUGAACAUACCCAACUAAAACCAUCAUAUUCAGCUGGAGGCAAACUUUUGCACCACCGCGCCACCGAAGUUUCUUCACUUCAGUUAGGCUGUGACGGACGGUCGCGCGCUGCUGUUUCAAUCAAGCAAGGUACUACAGAGAUUUCGAACGCGACGGGCAACGGGACUAAUACUAUGCUCUCUGAAGGAGCUCCGGAGUCGAAUCAACCAGUGUCUGUGGCCCAGUCUGCAUGUACUGGUUUGUUGUCCCAUCAAUACGCUACUUGUACACCUUCAUUAUACUUGGUUCCUGGUAGUGUACCACCCACACCCAGUAGCGAACGAUAUGUAAGUAGGCGCAGUUCUACUCAUCGUACCACCGUUGUCACAGGGACAGAACAGAACCUCUACGUAAUCCCACAUGGGGCUAAUCAACCUGCUGCUGAUGGUUCGCGUUCCGAUCACAGAAAUACCCAAUCCUACCACCAACCAUCCACCUUACCGAUCGAUCUUACCGUCCCUCCAGGAAGCCAGUUGCGAACGGUGUCCUUCAGCAGUAACCCCUGUUCCAUGAGUGGAGCCUCCCCAGUGGACCCACAUCAGCCGGUCAAUAUUGCCUAUUUGCCCAGUGCAGAUUUCAGUGCUCAAGCUACUUUACCUUCUGAUGGGACUGGUCAGUCAUCUGCGACCGGUUUGAACUAUACGAUACCACAUUCCGUUCUGAAUACCGGCCCACUUCAUUAUGAUGGACGGACUGUUAUGAGCUUAUCCUAUCAAGCCGGAAAACCGCCGCCCAAUGCUAUUUUACCAGUAUUUACUGACACUUCCUCUGCUCCACUCCUGGUUACUCCGUCUCCAGUCGGCACCACUUAUUCUGUUUCUCACCACCCCCACGAACAACAAUCGCAACAGAAACAACACCAAGAUCUACUAAACUCGAUCAACGUUGCACGGUUCAUUUCUUUGAACUCUGCACCACGUAACCCUAAGGCAGCAGCAACCACGGACAUCAGCUCCUUCUCCUCACUACCGACAAAUUCAUCACAACCGCCAACUCAGUUCUCUACGAAGCUUUCUCGUCACACCAAUGUGGAGACAAACCUAAUAGUAUCCGCCGGCUUGGGUCGUGACGUGGUCAACUGGUCAGUGGCCAGGGGCAGCACCAGUCAUGCAGGUGGCCGCCAUAGUCCCCAUGUUAGUGGGAUCAACCACCGGAUUGCACAGUUACACCAGAAUCCGGAUGACCGUUCCAUGCAGUUGAUCCUCCUAAUGGGAUUCGAGGAGAAUCUCAUCAAUAUGAAUGUUCACAGUCUUGUCAGCUGUAUAUUGGACAUACUAGAGUGUGGUGAAGAACAUCUGAUUGAACUGAAAAAUUUGGGUUGUAACGUGCUAACCCACAUGAUGGAUGCGUUACCCCGCAGUUCAGAAGCUGUGGUCCCAGCAUUACCUCUGCUUUUGACAACCAUGUCAUCCAGUUUCGUGGGAGAUAUUUUGGAACGGAUCAUCAAUCUGCUUGAACAACUAUCCAGGCGACAUGGUAGAGAAGUACUGCAAUCCGGAGCGAUUAUGUCCGCCCUGGGAUUCUAUGAUUUUGUCACUCUUGCGCAACACCGGACAAUCCUGACGAUGGUGGCCAAUUGUUUCGUGAAUUUGCAGCCGAGCGACUUCGAGCUAAUUAUCGAUUGCUUACCCGGUCUGGCUGAGCGGUUGAAAGCGCCGGAGCCACGUUGUGUGGAGCAUGUAUGCACAUGCUUUGUCCGUUUGGUCAACACGUAUCGCAACGAACCGGAAUUGCUUAAGCGCAUCGUUACGACAUGUGACCUAUUUACGAAUUUACAACAUCUGCUAAUGGCGUCACCGCCGGUUCUUUCAAGUGUACGGGACGUGAUUCACAUGCUAGCUAUUGUGUGCUCUUCGUGUCCUGAACUUGCGGUGGAGUUGGUGAAAAAAAACAUCUCAUCCACGCUGUACUGCAUAUUGACCGGAGAAGCUAUCGAUUCGGAUACUCUGCAAUCCAUCAUCUCAUGCCCUCUUGACAAUCCAUCGUUGUUAGCCCCACUUACCGGUGAUCAGCCUGGUUCCCCUCGCCGCCAUCGUUCCCAUUCUGGUAAUACUCGAAAACGCACGUCGUUUUCCAAGCAUUCUCGUCCCGAGGUUGGUGACGAUUUGGGUUCCUCUGCAACCCUCGGGCCCCCAGACAUAUGGCCUCCUUUGAUGCUCACUCUGUCGCCUCUGUCUGAUUCACUCCCGCUUACGGUAUCUGUUACGAAGCGCAGUCAAGAGGACGUCCACUCAAUAGUACAACUCAUUUGUGGACUCCUGCCGCCUGUUCCACCGCAUUGUGCGGGGCAAUUGUUGGGUAUUGCUGACGCGAACACAUCGAUGCUGGUUCAGCGAACGGGUUGUGAAUCAACACACUACCAGAAUCCGGGCUCAUUAUCCUCCCUCAUUGUGAACAGUGCUUCUGCUGGUGGCCCAACCGAUCACUUGUCACCAGACAAUCGUUCCAUACCACAUCGGUCGGCGAGCGAUCGUUCGUCGACCGGUGGCACUUCAGAGCACCGUCACCGCGGUACUACAUCACUUGUGCACCGUCUUUCGGUUCCUUUGAACCAGCUGGUCAUAGACGAUAGUAAAGUGGCUUCAUCGAGUUCGUCUAGCUCCUCUGGGACCCUCAGACGUCCGGGUGCUUGGCAGAGUGACCGAGCAGAGGUUGGUGAGCUGGACCCACGGGUUCGCUUGCUUCGCAGUCAGUGUAACUUGCUUCACAAACAAUUGGUUACAAGGAGUUCCCCAAGAUAUCCUACCACUACAACCGUAUUAGGGAGACGUGUUUGCGGUCGGCAUCAUCCCAAUGAUCAGCCUUUAGAAAGCACUGGGUCCGUCCACCCGCCUGAUGCUAAUAGCCACGCAAACGACGCGGACUCCACUGCGCUUGCUUUGGACGUGAAUAACAUUCAGGCGCUGCAAACAGUCCAGAUUCUCUUACCACUGUUAUUCGAAUUGUUCACGGAAACGACCAAACUCCAGACCCGUCUGAGAUGUAUGGAAGCUAUCCAAAGGAUGCUGUUCUAUUCGAGUCCGGUGUUGCUUGCCAAAACUCUUCGUCCCCGUGUUGUGUGCAGUCAUAUUGUUGGCAUGUUGAACUCCCCGGAACGACGCGUCGUCCUUUCAGGUUUGCACAUUGCUUUGUGGCUUAUUAGCCGUAUACCCCCAAUGAUGCUGUUCUAUUCGAGUCCGGUGUUGCUUGCCAAAACUCUUCGUCCCCGUGUUGUGUGCAGUCAUAUUGUUGGGAUGUUGAACUCCCCGGAACGACGCGUCGUCCUUUCAGGUUUGCACAUUGCUUUGUGGCUUAUUAGCCGUAUACCCCCAAUGUUUGCGACCUAUUUCCGCAAGGAAGGCAUACUUCAUCAAGUGAGCUUAUGGAAAAUGAACCUUUCCACACCGGCCACAAGGGCGCAGUCAUCAUUACACAGUUUGGCCAACCAAAUCGAUGAAACUACGAGCAGUUCCCAGUCGGCUACCACCGGUCAUCAUCAUGCUUCUAUGGUUAGUCAUAUAAGCAUUUCACGAUUAUUUUACAGCUACCUACCUGAGAUUCAGACAGCAUCAAUUUCGACGCACUGUUCACUGGAUGAAACCAGGUUACUGGCAGACGUUGAAUCACAGUUGUGGAUUCCAGCUGACGGACGUCUCAAAGAGCUUCCGCAAUUCGCAAGCAGCACCCCUUACGUGGACCGUGUUCGAGAGGAGACCGGUACUCAUCAUGUUACCGAUUUAUCAAGCCGCGGUUCGUGUAGGCGCUCUGGAGCGACGGUUUCUGCUCCAGUUUUACUGACACUGCCCCUGGAGGGAACAGAGAGCAGUAGUCCAGCCUCAGACGUCGCAUUGAACCAAUGGAUCGAAAGUGCAUGUUGGCAACUAGAAUCCCGGGUGGUCUCUGUUGCACACAUCUCAAACUCGUGCAGUUCUAGCCAUACGUCCACUGGCUCCGGCCCCAAAUCACACGCUACUCCUACUGGUGAACGUUCGCCCUCUGUCAUCACCGACGCGGUGGAUAUUGACCUUAUGCCCAAACUGGUAUCAAUAGCUACCCACGUGAAUUCCAACAAACCGGCCUUGUGGGUGUUCGCGUUCAGCCAACUUAUUCAGUUGCUCCAACCAAUGAAACGUGUCAAUGCCACACAUAUAGAGCCCCCUUCGCCGUUUGAGUUACAGAAGAGUGGAGUGACCGAGGCUUUGCUGUCUUACUUGACGGCCACGGAUGCGCGGGAAGCACGCCUUUGGAUUUUAUAUAGAAUGUUUUUUGGAGCACGCGCUUGCAUGAAUAAUUGGAUUCCACCGGUUGGCAAUUUGCUUCUGAGCAAAAAGCAGAACAGUAGUAAGAACUGGCCUCAUCUGUUAAAUAUGAGUCCCGUAUUGAUGAGUACAACCAAAGCUGAUCAGUUACAUGAAGUGGAUGCGUUCAUUGACCAACAGACGGCUUGUGUGGACAGUCUCACGUCUGACGGUCCUUCAGCUUUCAAUGCUCUGUUGGAGUGCUUGUUAGCCUGUUUCCACAGACACGAACAUUUUCAAGUCACCGGUCUGCCGUCCACCCUACCGCCUGACAGCAGACUUUUGGCUCUGAUCCAAACGGAACAACCUAACUCUGGAUCUGUUUCGGCUGAAAAUUCCAACCUGAUGGCAGCUAAUCCCACACAUUCAAAGAAAGCUGAAUACAAGGACAGUUCAGUAUCUUCCGGCCCUUUAUCCGUUCCGAACAGUCCAUGCAGUGAUAAUUUGCAAAGUCGAGGUAGUACUCGCUCCCGUGGUCAACGAUUUCAGGGUACUAGGCCCCAUCUUUCCAAACUUUCUUGUUCGAAACAAACCAUUCAGAGUGGCUCCUCCCCAAGCACCGACCAAUUACUUUCCAAACCGUCUGCCACGACACACCUACCUGACCCCCAUCUUCCUCCCACACCCGGUUUCAUGUGGGUUGAGUUUGUACGGUUGGCUUCCCCGGAUGAGGAUAUUGAUUGCGAUUCGGCGAACUGUUCUGGCACCAGAUCUGGUGUGUGUUCGAAAAAUUGUCGGAAAUCUUCUUCCUCUUCCUCAUCAAUCUCUUCUCAUCUCUCAACUACCUCCGGGGCAACGAAUGAUGUUCCACUGUCAGUACCCAGUCGUUUGCCGCUGCAAAUCACCGCUUUAGCCACCUUUCAACUGGUCGAACGUAUUCUUCUCCAGCGCAGUUACAUUAGCAGUCUGAUGCAUGAGAAACCUUGGAACUCCGAUCAUUACUACGGCCUGACCGACGUCUAUUCGCUCAGUCCACGUGAAGGUGACUUGCGAGAAUUCUUGGAUGUUCGUGGUCCGGGUGAGGAUAGUGAUAAUAAUGAUGAUGGGACAAUUGAUCCCAGGCGACAUCAAGUGAAGAAAGAUUCGUCCGUAUCGAAGAGGUCGUACAAUCGUUCCCAUCGGAACCACGCCAGUUUCAGCUCCACAUGUCGUACUCCUGAAUGUCCCAGUGACGUUGAUUCUAUUUCUGGUACGAAACAAACAAACUCCAGUUCUCGGACUACGGUUUUCUCCGAACCCGUUGAUCACCCAAUAAUUACUUCUAUCACCUAUCCAGUAUCCGCCAUGUCUUCUGAAUUCGCUACGCUGCAUUCUUUUGUUCAACUAAAUUCAACAUCCCAAGCGCCACAGGGCAGCUCAGGAUCCUAUCCUCCAAACUCCAAUUCAUUUCAACGUGGUCUACGCAGUUUACCGCAACGAGGCGCGGAGGGGCUACCGAUGUUCAUUGCAGGUGUUGGUGAGGAUAUUCAGGCCUCGGAUUCACGUAGGACUGACAAACCGUCCGAGUCAUGGGGUUUGCGACGUCGUUCAGCCACGAAGUUCAAUCACCUCCGAGAUGGCUCAAAUUCCCAAACUGACAACACCUCUAGUGCAUCUUACGCCGCCCAUUUACUACCCUCCAAUUUGUCCAAUUCAGAAAAUCCCGUUUCUGAGUCUCAGAGGACCGUCAGUGGCAGUUCGUCACGCAUCAGUCCGAACGUGCUGCGGAAUCCAAGUUUUUCGGUGGUUAAUCGGGAAACUACGUCAUCUGAACACUCCACGAGUUCCCAGAAAUUAACCACUUCGGCGCAGGUCGGUGGGUCCAGACAUCGACGACUGCGUGGUAGCUCUAUUUUGGCAGCUUUUGGUGCACUCAGUAAUUUGUCUUCCGUUACUCUUAACCCACAGGCAGCAAGCUAUAAGCAGCAGUCCAGUAAGACCUUUCGAGGUGGAUCCCACAACGCAAGUAAUAACUCUGUUGGUUCUACAGCAGUUUCUCGCCGGUCCUUCGCUAUGGGUUCUUCCAAUUUCUCGUCAAUGUCUCCAUCUUCUGUUUCGAAUUCCUCCGCUUCAAUGUCGCCAGUAAGCACAGAAACCAGUUCGCUGUUCCGUGGGAAAUGUCGUGCUCACCUACAAUUCUACAUAGAUGGUCACCAGUUACCUUCAAACCUACCAAUUUUCGAAGCAAUUCUGAAAUUCAGUCCGGAGUUUAAACGACGGUUGUCGGGUGCUCAGAUGAGAGCCGUGCAACAAACGUGCGGAAACGCUACGGAACAAUUCGCUGGGAACUCUGCCCUUACUGAACGUGAAUUAGAGGAACUGAUCGGUCAUCUCAUGUGGAGUAUGACGCAUGUUGUUCACUACCGUGUACUGUCUACACCCGUUCAUGGAGACUCCGCAUCAAACAGUUACAGCGCUAGGAAAACGGAACAACAUUCUGUGGGGGCGCUCGGUUCUAAAACUUCUACCGGCUCAUCCACCAAAACCUCUUCACUUUCAUAUUCCCCUCCGUCAACCGGAACAUUCGGUUCGGCCAUUACUUGUCUGAAGCGUCGUCGUUCGGACGAUUUGGAGGUUGCUGCCGAUGCUCAUGUGGAUAAGUCAUAUGAUCCUCCCAACAGUCCCACAUGUCCGAUAAAUUCAACAAGCUGUUUGAAUGAUUCAAAACACCCAUUGUUUAGCAAACUCACGCGCGAUCUCCCCAAAGGACUUCUCAGUGAAAGACGUUGUUCAUGUGACUGUUCAAAGGGUGGAUGUCCAACGGCGUCGAUCAACACCAAUGAGGAAGACCACUUUUCUGCUGAACUGAAUGUUGCAAGUUGGAAUUUAACCGAACAACCCAUUUUUGCGACGCUUUCCUUACUUCGAGUAUUCCACGCUAUCAGUCGUUUUUGGUACACGUUGCACGAUGUACUGGAUCCAUACCCAAUCUUAUCUCCAACGGUGUUUCGCAGUCCUAAACUUGCCAUCAAAGCCAAUCGUCAGUUGCAAGAUCCAUUCAGCGUGCUCGCCGGAAACCUUCCCGGAUGGUUGACUCAUUUAAUAUCUACAUGUCCCUUUUUGUUUCCGUUCGAUAUUCGGCGCAUGUUUUUCUAUGCCUACAAUUUUGACCGUGAUCGAACCCUGCUACGUUUCCAGGAUGCCACAUCUGCAGUAUCGGAGAUGGAACAACAAAUGGUUACUGGCUACAGAAAUCCUACCGUCACAAACGUUCAGGACAACUCACUUCUUUCCGUGCCACAUUCAUCCAUCCCCAGAAACCAUAUGAGCUCUGAAUUUCCCCAAUCCGGCAAUCCUGGUUCCCCAGUGAGCAAUUCAGGCCUCAAUUAUCUGUCUCUACUUGCUCCUUCAGCAGAAAAUGGGCAGCUCAUACCAAAUAUAGUUUUACCCAUCCGACCCGAUUCUACACGACAUUCCCACGUGAGAAGUCGCUAUCAUACACGAUUGGCAUUGUCUCCCAAUCUUCGGCGCCACAAGGUCACAGUUCAUCGUGAUGGAAAGCGUCUUUUGCGUCAGGCGGAGUCCACCUUGAGUGAAUUGAUGGACUCACGUGCAGUACUUGAAAUUGCAUUUGAUAAUGAAGUAGGCUUUGGUUUGGGUCCUACUCUAGAAUUUUACACUUUGGUCAGCCGGGAGCUCAUGAAGUCUUCGCUCAACCUUUGGUAUGGCAGUGAAACUACGAAUGAUGGAUACGUGGUAGCACCGGCUUCAGGAUUAUAUCCUCGACCUUUGGCGAAACAGGCACGCUCGGCUGUUGUUCGUGAGGUGCGUUCCAGAUUCGUCUUUCUUGGUCGCCUAAUGGCUCGAGCGCUUCUAGAUUGGCGCCAACUAGAUUUGCCGUUUUCCGCUGCUUUCUUCAAGUGGUUUCUGGCCUCGUCCCCACUCGAAGCCAUUUCUGAUGGCCAUAUUCUUCCCAAUGAUUUGGCCUUAGUCGAUCCGGAGCUGGCAAGACAUUUACGUCAGCUAGCAGACAUGGCAAAUCGUCGUCAGUAUCUUUGUCGACAGCUAACUCAGCAGUUGAACAAUGUGACCCAUAUUCAAGGCGGUUCACAUACAAGAGGCGCCUCAUUUAUUCCUGUUUCAUCGUCCAAAUCCAGUUGUGCUUCACGUGGUUCACAUCAUCGUGGCGUGGAUGAACUCAAAGCAGCGUUGCUUGUCUUGGACAACGAAAUCGAGGACUUAUGCCUGAACUUUGUGCUUCCUGGCUACGAUAUUGAAUUGUUGAAGAAUGGGAGUCAUGUCAUGGUGAAUGGAAGCAACCUGGGUGAUUACAUCCGUCUUGUCGCUCACUGGUUGGUAAUUGAGGGUGUGAAUCGCCAAAUGGAAUCUGUCAUAGAAGGGUUUGACUCCGUACUUCCCAAAGUACGACAGCGUUUGGCGGUAUUGUUUCAGCCAGACGAAAUGGAAGGACUGUUUUGUGGUCGAUCUUUCUCGCACUUCGAGACGCUGUGGGGUGAUAACUCGGGGAGCCCGUCACGAUCUGGCGAAAGAGAGUCAUCGACCUCCAAUGAGUGGGAUGUACAGAAACUGACGGAGUCUUGUCGAUGUGACCAUGGCUACACUCCACAGUCUCGGAGCAUUCGCAAUCUUUUCGAAGUUAUGUCUGAGUUUGACGAAGAAGAGCGGCGCUUGUUCCUACAGUUUGUCACUGGCAGUCCUCGUCUUCCUGUCGGAGGUUUCCGUGCUUUGAAACCACCCCUGAAGAUCGUACUGAAACGGGAGAGCGGAGAAAAUGCGGAUGGCCACCUGCCGUCUGUGAUGACCUGUCAAAACUACCUAAAGUUGCCCGACUACUCAUCCAAAGAAAUGCUCGCCUCCAAGUUGCACUACGCCAUUCGCGAGGGACAAAACGCGUUCCAUCUGUCCUAGUCAAUCAGAUUCAUCGCAGCCCUUUGUGUACGCGCCCGUUCAACCAGCACCAUUUUGAACUUUGUCUUCAUCAAUCCUGUACACAUGUGCCUAUAGACUACUGCGCGUCUUCUCCUUUUUGUGCGUGUCUUCCCAUUCGUUUUCCGUUUCAAAACGCACACAAUGUGAUGACGCUUCAACUGUGACACCGCCUUCCCCUCUCCGUAUCCCUGUAUGUAUACAUUGGUUUUUGUUCGAUUGUUUCAUUUUUUGCCAGUUAUUGUGUUACGUGCACGGUUUCAGGCCAGUAAGUUUCCCUGCUUGUUGGCCUGCUGUCCACCUCCAGCCGUGACGCGCUUAUUUUUGUGAUUCGCGAAAGUUUGCGUUCACACGCUCUUUCGGGCAACGAAACAAGCAGCUGCACGCGUUCCGUUACGUAUUUUCACCUGUCCAUUACUUGACCGAAACAGUUAUUGCUCUCCCUUCUGAUUUGUUGUUUCGUCUAACUUGUUUCGGAUACACACGCAUGCACAAAGACGAUCUGUACGGCCCGGAGUCAUGAGACGUACGCACAUAUCGAUUGGUAUGUAUUGAUUCAUUCCCCCCGGGAGAUGUUAUCUAUCUAACUCAUUGUGUAUGUGCAUACACGACUGAUUUGAUAAUCAGCUUCGUGGGCACAGUCAUCACUGUACGAAAUUCGGACAUGGUUUCCUCUAUGCAAAGCUACCGACCCUUUCAUCUAUGCAUAUACCCACGCGUAUACAUACAUAUACAUAUUAUAUUACAUAAAUCCCAAAGUUAUCGGAUCUCUGAGACCUAGCCUUACCUGUUAAUCUCAGUCCCAAAUCAGGCUUCUCGCCGUGCUCAAAUCAAGUUUUUUCAGGCGUUCGCUCUACAUUUCAAGUCAAUCGAAUUUAUUUUCCACUACUUUUUACAAUCAAGCUUUCUUCAUGUUUGCGUUGGGUUGUGAUGAAGCACAUCCAACGGCAUGAGAGACUUCGGCGACUUUGGACUUCUCAAAGCAGAACGGGGAUUAGGACCCGUUUUC